CAAUACCAAUAAGCAUAGCUCUCUUCUCUGUAAGCUUCCUGAAUAAUGGAUAGCAGAAGCAGAUCUUCCUCCCUCCUUUAUCUUUUGUGUUUGCUAAUCCCAAGUGUUCAUUCUAUCUCUUGGAAUGAGACUAUAGAACAGGGCAAACAACUCAGAUAUGGGGAGCUACUGCAGUCAUCUUCUGGCAUUUUCAAAUUAGGAUUCUUUCUAUCUUCCAGCAUGAAAAAUAAGUCCUACUUCGGAUUAUGGUACGAUUCCGAUGUAGGAGGGCGCGAAGGUGAAGAAAACGAUACAAGAGUCUCGAGCCCACUUUGGAUUGCAAACCGAGACGCCCCAAUCUUCAACCGUUCUGGAAUUCUUGUAGUGGACAGUAAUGGAAACCUGAAGAUUUUAUCCGGUGAGACAGAGGUCAUCACUUUAUACUCAACUCAGGCUUCUAUAAAGGCUAGUGCCAUUCUAAAGGACAACGGUAAUUUUGUACUCCAGCAGCUGAAUCCCGAUGGAACUGUGAAGGGCAUUCUAUGGCAAAGCUUUGAACAUCCCACGGACACUCUUCUGCCCGGAAUGAAACUAGGAAUUACAACAACUCUUACAUCGUCGAUGAGUUGGAAAUCACCCGGGUCAGGCUCAUGUACAUUCGGCAUGGAUCCCAAUGGAACAAAACAAUUGGUCAUCUGGCGACCUGGGGGUGCCAUUCGUCUUGAUGAUGAUGGAUACAUCUCCAGCGGGCAUGGCAUAAUGUCCACAGACGGAUUCAGAUUCAAUGAGAGUGACAACCUGACUUUCCAUGAUUGCAGGGACAAAUGCUUGUUGAAUUGUUCUUGUUUUGCCUAUGCUACCACAAAUAUUGAGGACGAUACAGGCUGUGAAAUUUGGUCAUCAAGUGGAAUUUUUAGAGAAACAAAGUAUGAUGCCCCUGGCCAGACCAUAUACAUCCUUCGUUCCAAAAGGAACAAAUGGUGGCUAUGGCUAACCAUCGCCGUUGGAGGAAUGCUGGUCCUACCCAGUUUAUUCUCAUACUGUUAUGUGAUUUGGAAAAAAUGCAUAUCAAAAGGAGAUGAAAACAUUGACCUGAGGAUGCUAAUAAAAGAACUAGAAGGCAGUGAGCUUCCUUUCCUCCCAUUCGAAAAACAAAAGAGCUAUAAGAAAGAAAGAAAUGAUUUGCAAGCAUUCGGCUUUGAAAGCAUUGCCUCUGCCACAAACUAUUUUUCAACUGCAAAUAAGUUAGGGGAGGGCGGCUUUGGACCAGUUUAUAAGGGAAUAUUAUAUGAUGGGCGAGAAGUAGCAGUAAAGAGACUAUCCACUAGUUCAGGACAAGGCGUUACAGAGUUCAAGAAUGAAGCAAUGUUAAUUGCAAAGCUCCAGCACACUAAUCUUGUGAGGCUUCUAGGCUUUUGCAUUCAAGGAGAUGAAAAGAUGUUAAUCUAUGAGUAUAUGCCAAACAAAAGUUUGGAUUCCAUUUUGUUUGAUGUUGUUAAAAAGAAAAUAUUGAAUUGGAAGAGGCGCUUCGUCAUCAUUGAAGGGAUUGCUCAAGGGCUGCUUUAUCUUCAUAAAUAUUCAAGAUUGAGAGUGAUUCAUAGAGACUUAAAGGCCAGCAACAUUUUACUUGAUAAUGAGAUGAAUCCAAAAAUAUCUGAUUUUGGGAUGGCUAGAAUUUUUGGAGAGAAUGAAUCAGAAGAAAAUACAACUAGAGUUGUUGGAACAUAUGGUUAUAUUUCCCCAGAAUAUGCCUUUCAUGGCCUUGUUUCAAUCAAAACUGAUGUGUUUAGCUUUGGAGUUCUACUGUUGGAGAUUGUAAGUGGUAGGAAGAACACAAGUCGUUAUCAUACUGAGCAUCCUUUGAACCUUAUAGGAUUUGCGUGGCAACUUUGGACUGAUGAUAAAGGUUUGGAGUUAAUUGAUCCCACUUUGGAUGAAAUUUGCCCUCAUGAUCAAAUUUUAAGGUGCAUCCAUAUUGGCCUCUUAUGCGUACAAGACCAUGCCGUGGAUAGACCCACCAUGUCUGAUGUUGUUUCAAUGCUUUCAAACGAGACUACAUCUCUGCCAGAACCAAAUCAACCAGCUUUUUUCAUCACCACUGCAAAUGUGAAAGAAGCAGGUGCUCCUAAAAUCAACUCUCAUCAUUGUUCCAUAAAUCAGGUAUCAAUUUCCGUGAUGGAAGCUAGAUGAUUGUUCCACUCAGAUUCUGAUAUGAUAUUUGUCUAUGUGAUGGUACUGUGUGAUGGGGAUUUUAUUUUCCAUGUUCUAUCUAACCAUUAUUGGUGAUAAAACUGUAGACUAAAUAACUUGUAAAAUUACUCUGAGUUGUGUCAAGAUGAAUAUGCAAAGAAAUGCAUUAGUUUCCC